AAUGUUUUGUUUCUGAAAGCCUUGCCAUGUGCUCUACUCAUUGUUGAAUAUUUACAAUCAUUAAUGUUUAUAAUAUUUCAAUUAACGCAUAAAGUAUGGGAACAAAACGUAAGCACCGUCAUGAAAAGGACGAUUUUGAAUACGAUCCACAUCCUAAACAUCUUCAGGUAGCCCAUAUAAAAAAGCAAGAAAAACGUUUAAUUAUUAUUCUGGAGAAAGCUCAGUUAGAAUCUGUGAAGGUGGGAAAUAGUUUUGAAUUAUUAAAUUGUGAUGACCAUAUAAGUAUUUUAAAGAGAAAUAAUCGGGAACCUGGUUCAUGCAGACCAGAUAUAACUCAUCAAUGUUUAUUGAUGUUAAUGGAUAGUCCCUUGAAUAGAGCUGGCUUGUUACAAGUUUAUAUUCGAACAGAAAAAAAUGUGUUAAUAGAAGUGAAUCCACAAACUAGGAUUCCAAGGACGUUUAAACGAUUUGCUGGUCUUAUGGUGCAGUUAUUACAUAAAUUUAGUGUUCGUGCAUCUGAUGGACCAAUGAAACUUUUAAAAGUAAUUAAAAAUCCAGUCACAAAUCAUUUGCCAGUUGGUUGUCGUAAAAUAGCAAUGUCAUUUAGUGCAAAUGAUGUGCAAAACCCACGAGAAUUAGUUCCUUCUGAUGAACCAAUUGCUAUUGUAGUAGGUGCAAUGGCACAUGGACAAGUGAAUCCAGAUUAUACAGAAGAUACAAUAUCUAUUAGUAAUUAUCCAUUAUCUGGAGCUUUGACCGUCAGUAAAUUGUGUAGUGCAUUUGAAGAAGUUUGGGGAAUAGUAUGAAUAAACAUUGACUACAUAUAUUAUGUCUGUAACUUGCAUAUUUUAUAUUUAUUUUCAUAUACAGUUAAAUAAUUUUGUUAAUACGUUAUUUC